AUGGAAGACGACGAGGACGAUGACAUCUACGCUCCAGAUGAAGGUGAACCAUCGCAAAACCAUGCUAGUGGGGGCAAAAUAGUACAGCCGGAUCAGCUUGAACACACGAGCAAUGGAAAUGUCCCCCAAGACGAAGAGUCUGGGGAGGAGAUUGAGGACGAAAGCGACUCGGACAUAGACAUCAUCACUGAACGGAAAGAGGAGCCAAAGAAGGACAUCCUUCAAGGAACCCAUGUCAACGCCUCGAACAGAUCAGCCCUUCCACUUUUGACCCCGAUCGAACCAGGACUAGUAAGGUCAGGCUCAGCAGCUGUAAGGGUAGGAACACCCGCAAAAGAGACUCACUUGAAAGCCGGCACAGCAUAUCCUGCUGUGAGAACAUCGAGCGUAGAUGUUGAGGCGAAACCUAUACAUGAGCCUAGCGGUAGGCCUAUCACAGAAGUCGACAUGGAUGCAGAUUUACCAGGAGAGGAGAAGGCGUGGCGACGACCAGGCUCAGACAUGACAGACUACUUCAAUUAUGGUUUCGAUGAGUUUACGUGGGCCAGUUACUGUUUAAAGCAGCAAGCCGUGCGAAAAGAGGUGUCCGACUCAAAGAAGCAGAUGGACAAUAUGCAGAGCUUAUUAAGCAAUGGUAUCCCAAGUAUGCCCGGUAUGCAGGGAAUCCCGGGAGCGCCUGGCGGUGGAAUGCCCCAAAUGCCUGGCAUGCCGGAUAUACCGCCCGAAAUGCAACAGAUGUUUUCACAGAUGAUGGCUCAAGGGAUGGACCCUUCACAGAUGGAUCCUGGCGCUUUCGCGCAGAUGAUGUCGGGUGGACAGGGAGGUCAAGGCGGCGAUCAAGGCUAUGGGAACCAAGGCUAUGGACAGCAACAUAAUUCUCAGAUGGGAUAUGGGUAUGGGAGCGUCAACCAGGGCACAGGGCGCGGUCGAGGGCGCAGAUGGUAG